AGUCACGUGCACCUGCUCUCAAUGCUCACACUACUUCAUAUCUUUUAGAGGAAUGUUUAAACGGAAGCUUCUGUGUCUACAAUAUCACUCUCCGGAUUCCAUUGACAUACACAAUGAUGAAAGCUUUAGAGCUCUUGUAGUCUGGCUAGAAGACCAGAAAAUUAGACAUUAUAAAAUAGAGGAACGAGCUGGUUUGAGAGCUACAGACAGCACACAUUGGAAUGACGCGUUCAACAAGUAUCUGUCUGCUCUUGGGUAUCAAUAUGACUCAAGCAAUAGAACAACAGUAGUUGAUUGGUUGUUGGGUUAUGCUGUGAAACUAGAGUAUGCAGACAAUGCUGAUCAACUGACUAAGGCUGCUCAAAGCCUUGCUAGUGUUGCUCCUGCUGGUCAGAGCAAAGAGACUUCCGUUCAAAGUGGGAGACGUUUGGAUCCUGAGAGUGAUGAAUUCAAAGCUGGUGUUUCACAACUUGCCAAGAUGUUCCAGCUCCCAUCCCAUGGUGACCACGUCUUACUCUUUAAAGCUAUCAGCAUUCUAAUAGAAGAACGGCUAUCGUCAGAUGCAUUAGUGAAGGCACAGCAAGAAAAGAAAGCAGCACAGACACACGACAAAGGAGAACUCAUUCCUCUUGCAAAGGUAGAUCUCGGAUUCUCGAUUUCAGAUCCCGUUUUGAACGAUGCAGCUAAGGUGUUACGUCUUCUUCAUGUUGCCGAACUACGCGACCUUCAGACUAAGAUAAACGAAAUAAUAGUAGCUGUACAGAAACUAACGGCCAACCCGAAGACAGAUCAACGUCUAGGCAAAGUCGGAGUAUGAAUGUCAAAUCUUGUUGUAUUGUAUAAUUAUACACACUUUCGUAUUAUAAUGCUUGUAAAAUAACUCCACCAAUUAUGUACCAGUAAGAAUAAAAUCUACUUUGAGUUUCAGACCGUCAUCUGUCGCAUGUACAACUCAAAUA